AGGGAGGGAGGGAGGGGGUGUUGCAGUGAGGAUGGGGUCCCUGUUUCGGGGGGAGACCAUGUCUUUGGCUCAGUUGUACCUUCAGUCGGGAUCCGCUUAUCAUUGUGUGGCUGAACUCGGAGACAUCGGGUUGGUCCAGUUCAGAGACCUGAACGAGAACGUGAACUUGUUCCAGAGACGCUUUGUGGGGGAAAUCCGUCGCUGUGAGGAGCUGGAGAGAACCCUGUCGAGCCUGGGGCAGGAGGUGCAUCGUGCUGGGUUGAGGCCACGGGUGGAUGAAGAGGACGAUGUGUCGGCUCCGCUCCCACGGGACCUGUUGAGGAUUCAGGAGGAAUCACAGCAGCUUCAGCAGGAAUUGGAUCAGGUGACGAAGAGUCGAUCGUCGCUGGUGACGAGGCUCAGUGACCUGCGACAGCACCGAGCAGUUCUCACUGAGACACAACAGCUGCUGGUCAGAGAGAUGGCGCUGGAAUCGCCUCUCACAGGGCCCGACCAGGAGGAGACCAACAGGAACCAAACCCCGGCUCAGCUGCCAGCGAGACUCAGUAUAAUCUCGGGGCUGGUCGGACCCGGUCGGGCUCUGGGUUUGGAGCGUUUGCUGUGGAGAGUUUGUCGUGGACACUUCAUCAUCCAAUUAAGCCCCCACCCCCAGGAGCUGCCAGACCCCCACACAGGCGAGCCCAGCAGUUGGACCGUUUUCCUCAUCUCGUUUUGGGGUGAACAGAUUGGGCAGAAAGUCAGGAAGAUCUGUGAUUGUUUUCACUGUCACCUCUUCCCGUACCCUUUGACCCCAGAUGAGCAAGAGGAAACCCUCCGUGACCUGGAGAUACGAACCCAUGACCUUCAGAUGGUGCUGAGCCAAACAGAGGGUUACCUGGCUCAGGUGUUGGAACGCACAGUGAAGGUGAUACACACCUGGUCCCUCAGGGUCAGGAAGAUGAAAGCGAUUUAUUUGGUUCUGAAUCAGUGCAACUUCGACGUCACCGGCAAGUGUCUGAUCGCUGAGGUUUGGUGUCCGGUCUCUCAGCUCCACCGACUCCGCCAUGCACUGGAGGAGGGCUCGCGUCGCAGUGGCUCCUCUGUCCCCUCGUUCUAUAACGAGGUGCAGACCCUCCACACUCCGCCCACACUCUGUCGCACAAACAAAUUCACCGCUGGCUUCCAGGGCAUUGUGGACGCGUACGGUGUCGGCAGCUACCAGGAGGUGAACCCUGCCCCUUACACCAUCAUCACAUUCCCCUUCCUGUUUGCGGUGAUGUUUGGGGAUGUGGGACAUGGAGCGCUGAUGUUUUUCUUUGCUCUGUGGAUGGUUCUUGAGGAAAAUGAUCCCAAGGUCAAAUCAGCAGAAAACGAGAUCUGGCAGACCUGUUUUGGGGGUCGGUAUCUGCUGCUGCUGAUGGGAUUGUUUUCGCUUUACACCGGCCUCGUCUACAACGACUGUUUCAGUCAAUCGCUGGCCAUCUUCCCCUCGGCCUGGCAUGUCAGCCGCAUGUGCAGCCACGUCGACAACCAGUCCUGCUGGUUGCUGGUUGGGAACCAGUUGGACCCUAACAUCUCGGGGGUGGUUCAGGGUGUUUACCCGUUUGGUAUCGAUCCGAUCUGGCAUUUGGCCAUAAACAAGCUGAGUUUCCUGAAUUCCUUUAAGAUGAAGAUGUCGGUGAUUCUGGGAGUCGUUCACAUGACAUUUGGGGUCACUCUUGGCUUCUUCAACUACAUACACAGAAAGCAAUUUGCGUUGAUAGUCUUGGUGUUGUUGCCGGAGCUGGUUUUCCUGACCUCGCUGUUCGGGUACCUGCUGUUCCUGGUUGUGUAUAAAUGGCUGCGUUACUCGGCCUGGGAUUCAGAUGUUGCUCCAAGUCUCCUCGUCAACUUCAUCGACAUGUUCUUCUUCAUGUCUCCCAGCUCUGAGCUGUACCAUGGCCAGGCCGUGGUACAGAAAGUGCUAGUGGUUCUAGCUCUGAUCUCUAUUCCCGUUUUGCUGCUCGGGAAACCUCUCCUCCUGUACUGCCAGCACCGAGCACGGACACACAGACAUCGCUUCCUGGGAGGUUACCAGAGUCUGGAGGAGGCAAAUGGGUCAAUCAACCGCCUGGACUGUGAUGAUGAUCAGAUUCCUGAGGAUGAGUUUGAUUUUGCAGAUGUGUUUAUGCACCAAGCGAUUCACACGAUUGAGUAUUGUCUCGGCUGCAUCUCCAACACAGCAUCGUAUCUCCGUCUGUGGGCCCUGAGCCUCGCACACGCACAGCUCUCGGAUGUCCUGUGGUCGAUGGUUCUUCGAUUCGGUUGGGCUUAUGGGCAGUUUCGCGGGUCAGUGAUUCUCUUUGUGGUGUUUGCGGUGUUUGCGACGUUGACGGUGACGAUUCUCCUGGUGAUGGAGGGAUUGUCGGCUUUUCUCCACGCUCUGCGCCUGCAUUGGGUUGAAUUCCAAAACAAGUUUUAUUCGGGAUCUGGAUACAAAUUUCUCCCGUUCUCCUUCCUGCUGCUUGAGGAAUCCAGUCUGUAAUACACGGACCACAUGUCACACGCAUGUCACAGGCACAGAGAGCAUGUCUCACAGCUACACGUGUAACACCAUCUUCGUGUGAUUAUUUUUCUUUUAUAAAAUAAAUCCUGGUUUUCAGU